UGAAUCAGUGACCUCCAAGAGCAUCUGUCAUGAACCACCCUGUUCAGAUCUUUGGUUGCUAUUUCAAGCCACACCUUGCCGUUAAAGAUCAAGACUUGUCAAUGUAGGAGGUUAAUGUUUGAUCAAAACUCUCCAGAGAUUCUGAGAAACUGCUGAGACGCAGGCAUACACCACCAUCGUGGGCAGGUGUGGAAAUAUAUUUUAGAACCAUUCAAGAAUUUCACGCUCCAGAAAUCAGAAUAGAAGGCCUUACCGAGAUGUUUAAACCGUAUCAUAUUCACUUGUGGUAUCUUCUCAUGCUUCAUCGGACUUUUUGCCAAAGUACAGAUGACUUAACUGGGCCUCUGGAGGACAAGACUUUUUCUGUUCAAGAAGGCAGACUGGGAGUGCAGUAUGUACAUCGGUUUACAUUUCACUUUCCUACGGACAGCUUGAGACUAACUGGAGAGACCGACGGCAUUGUAUGUAUUCGCCCCAAAGAUGGCAUUCUGUAUCUUAAUGGGUCUCUAGACUGGGAAACCAAAAAUGUCUACAGGCUACAGGUGGAAGGUCUGAAUGCAAAUGGGCAGAGAGUGAGAGGCCCGUAUUCUAUCACUAUAAAUGUGAAAGAUGUCAAUGACAACCCUCCCCAAUUUGGUCAGAAAACAUACUUUGCAUCAGUGAGGCAACACUCCCGCCCAGGAAAACCCUUCAUAUAUGUUACUGCUUCUGAUCGUGAUGAUCCCAACACUCCACAUGCGCAGCUGAGCUACAGCAUUAUUAAACAUUUUCCCGACCCUUAUAACCAGAUGCUUUUCCAAAUUAACAACAUCACAGGAGCAAUUUCCACAACUCUUGCUGGAGCUCGUUCUCUAAAUCCAGCUGAUGAGAUCACUUAUACUAUUGCUGUGAGAGUAAAGGAUAUGGCGGGACAGUCAGUGAAUUCCUUUGCCAGUGAAGCUGAUGUGUUUGUCACUGUGACAGAAAACCUCUGGAAGUCUCCUCCACUAGUAAAGAUCAAGGAGAACUCUACGGAGCCCCACCCCAUGAGCAUCACUCGAGUACAGUGGAAUGAUCCAGGUGCAAAAUAUGAAAUCAAGCCGAAGGAGAGGCCACCUACUAAACUCCCAUUUAUGGUUGACCGUAACGGGACUGUUUAUGUAACUGAACCACUGGACAGAGAAGAAAAAGAAACAUAUUCAUUUUAUGUGAUUGCAAAAGAUGAAGACGGAGACAUACAACUGUCCUACCCAUUGACUAUUAAUGUCACAGUAGAAGACAUCAAUGACAAUCCUCCUGUGUGUGGCAAAGCUUUGACUAAAUUUGAAGUUCAGGAGAAUGAACCUGUAGGAAAUUUAAUAGGAAUUAUUGAAGCUUCAGACAGGGAUCAGGCAAACACUCUUAAUUCCCGCUUGCAGUACUACAUUGUGGAUCAGAGCCCCAAAGUGCCUCUCGACAAUAUGUUCCGCAUUGAAUCAGGAACUGGGAUAGUCAACUUGUUUAGCUCUGCAUUAAACAUGCAGGUAGCCUCUAAUUACUCUUUGAAGGUGGAAGUGGUGGAUCCAGUAUUCCGAACACUGUGUGAUGUACAGAUAAAUAUCAUUGAUAUAAAUGAUCGGAUUCCAAUCUUUGAAAAAUCAGAUUAUGGUUCUUUAACUCUUCCAGAAGACAAACCAGUAGGAACGGUCAUACUGGAGAUUCAAGCCACAGAUGCUGAUGAGCCAUUCACUGGAAGCUCUCACAUUGUGUACAUAAUUGGAAAGGGAGACCCCAAUAAUACUUUUACAAUACUGACAGAUCCAAAAACAAACAGAGGAUAUGUUGAAAUUAAUAAGGCUCUUGAUUUUGAAACAACUCCAGCAUAUAACCUUACAAUCAAUGCCAGAAAUCCUGAGCCUCUUGUGGCUGGAAUAGCGUAUAAUUUAAGCUCAGUUGCUUACUUAAGAGUUACAGUUACAGAUGUGGACGAAGCACCAGUUUUCCUCAAAACCACUCAUCUAGUGGAUCGGUAUGAAAAUGCAACUGUAGGUUCCUUCGUGACAACAGCAAUUGCCUAUGAUCCAGAGGGAGACUCAGUAAGGUACAUGCUGAAAAACGAUAACAGGAACUGGCUGCGGAUUGAUCCUGUCAAUGGCAUGAUAUAUACUGCUGCCCCACUGGAUCGGGAAACUCAGCGUACCUAUACUGUGCAAAUAGUUGCAACUGAGCUAAAUGCAGCAUCUAAGAGCUCCACAGCACAGCUGAUACUGAACCUGAAAGAUGUGAACGAUAAUCCUCCAGGGCUAGCAAAGAGUUAUUUGUUCUUCUGCUACCCACUUCAAGGAAAUGAGAAAGCCAAGAUUGAAGUUUCUGAUCCGGAUGAGUAUUCGUAUAUUCCAAGAUUCACUUAUUCCCUUGUUGGUGCAGACGCAAUACAAAACUGGAACGUUUCUAAACUUGAUGGCAGGCAUGCUUACAUUUCCCCAAGGAACAUUAAUCUUGAAGAGAAAGUAUAUGAGAUACCAUUGAAAAUCAAUGACAAUGGAAGGCCGCCUAUGGAAGGAGUUGUUACUCUAAAAGUAAAUCUGUGCAAGUGUACAGAGGAAAAGGUAUGUUUCCUAGAAAUUGAUGGACCCAGUUCACUUCCAACAGUGGGGAUGGCAAUUGGUAUUCUGGCUGGUGUAUUGCUACUUAUUGGUAUUAUUUUGGGGAUUGUCUUCCUCAACCUGAAACGCAAAAACCAGAAAGAACAGAAGGCCCAGCCUGCAAAUGCUGUUAGCCCAUCUGAACUGCACACCUUGACGUAAUUGUUUUAACCGAAAGGAACAAUUUGGUUUUUUUUACUAUUUUGUGGUUGUUGCUGUUCUUUCCCACCAAUAAAUUUCAGAAGUGUUUGCCAGUAAUAGGGAAAUACAUUUAUUAGCUUUCUUCUCCCAACUCUUUCAGCCAGAAAUGCAAACCUAUACUGAGAUCAAAGCUCCCAAAUCAUUUUGGUGCCAGAGGGCUACUGAACUAAAAUGUGUGCAAUUGUUUAAUGUGCAUUUUUAUUAUUAUUUAAAUAUUAGCUGUGGGCAGCACAAAUAGGAUGACGACCAUGUUGCAUAGGAAUGGGGAAUGCCAAUGAAUGCUCCCCCACAGGGCUAAUCACAGCUUUUACGGGAAGGUAUUUUUGGUGGGACUGUGGCUUGUGGGAAACAGUUAAGUCCACUACCUGUGCACCACAGUCCCAAAACUGUAUGUGCAAACACACAAACACAGAGGCAAUAUUUAAAUAAGGAGGAAAAGUAUGUUGAGUGCUUAUGUCGUGUGUAGUUUGGCCAUUGCGCAGAAAAUUAAAAUGAUGUUCUCUGUGGUGGUAAUUGUAAUAUCAUCAUCAUCAUGCAGCUCAGUCCCAAAUAGUGCUACUAAGAAGUGUACAAUGAGAUUUGCUAAUAAGGAUUGCAACCUAAGGUUGGUUGUAUGCACACUUUUACCUCAUAUGCACACGUAUGAUCUAACUCCACUGAUGGAGGCAGUAUGUCUCGGAAUACCAGUUGCUGGGAAUCACAUGUAGGGAGAGGGUUAUUGCCCUUCUGUUCUGUUGUGUGUAGGGAUGAAAAGAUCUGUCAUUUUGGUUCUUUCAGUUUCUCAUUUUUCCAAGUUCUAAAUUCAGUUCUCUACAUUUCUGUAGCAAUU